AUGUUCAGAGCACAGAUUGGCCGCCAGGUUGCGCGUGCAGCCAGAGUGCAGGCUCCAAGAGCUGCAUUCCGCCCUGCCACUGCUUCUGUCCGUCCCUUCACAAGCUCCGUGAGCCGGUUCGACAAGAGCACUGAGGGAGAUCAUGACGCGGGCUCGUCGUCAGCUGCGCCCGGAGAGAGCGGAGACCACGAGGGCCAGUUUGCCCGCACAAGGGAGGACAUUGUGGUAGAGUACCCUGAGGAGAAGGACCUCCCUCCUUCGCAGCCCGUUCAAGGCCGUGGAGGCUUCCAUUUCAAGCGCACGCUCGCUACUUUCUCUAUGGAGGGUAAGACUGCGAUCGUCACGGGAGGAGCGCGAGGACUGGGUCUGGUCAUGGCCCAAGCUUUGGUCACCUCCGGCGCCGAUGUUGCCAUUGUCGACAUGAACAAGGAGGAGGCUCAGCGGUCCGCUGAGGGGCUCAUUGAUCUGUUCAAGAAGGAGAACGAUUCGGGCUACACCAGGCUGCCCAAAGUCACCGCUCACUACUGCGAUGUCUCGAGCCCGGACUCUGUAAACGAGUCGUUUGCUGAGAUUGUCCAAACACACGGCAAGGUCGACAACCUCGUCACUUCUGCCGGCUUCACCGAAAACUACGAUGCGAUUUCGUACCCUCACGACCGCAUGCAGAAGCUCUGGGGCGUCAAUGUCGACGGCACGUACCUGUACGCGGUCGCUGUCGCGAAGCACCUGAUGGAGCGCAAGGCGCCCGGCAGCGUGGUCAUGAUUGGCAGCAUGUCUGGGUCCAUUGUCAACGUACCGCAGCCGCAGGCUCCCUACAACGCAGCCAAAGCUGCCGUGCGGCACUUGGCUGCUAGUCUGGCGGUGGAGUGGUCGCACGCCGGCAUUCGCGUCAACUGCAUCUCGCCCGGCUACAUGCUCACAGCUCUGACCAAGAAGAUCCUCGACGACAACCCGGAGCUGCAGAAGCAGUGGACCUCGCUCAUCCCCAUGGGCAAGAUGGGCCGUCCUGAGGACCUGAUGGGUGCUGUCACUUUCCUGUCCAGCGACGCCAGUCUGUACGUGAACGGCGCAGAUCUGCGUGUUGACGGAGCCUACACGUGCACUUAG